UUAGCCAAACUCCUCGUCUCCAACCACGGCUUACAAGUCACAUUCAUUUUACUCAGUGAUGGGUCGCCCAUGAACUCCCAAAAACGACUAUUCCAAUCCUUACCCACUUCCAUUUCUGCCAUCUUUCUCCCUCCUCUGUGCUUAAAUGAUUUGCCUGCGAAUACCCAGAUCGAGACUCGGAUCAUGACGUGCCUGACUCGGUCUUUCAAAGCUUUUAGAGAGUCAUUCAAAGUCCUUACUGAGUCAACCCGGGUUGUCGCACUCGUUGUCGACCUUCUCGGGCCGGAAUAUAUGGAUGUGGUUCAAAGAUUUACCUGAACCAGUCAUCUUGCCUGGGUGUACUCCACUUCAUGGUACAGAUUUUCCAGACUCGAUUCAAAAUAGAAAAAGCCCUAUGUACAAAGAAUUUGUAAAAUGGAGCAGACGCUCCUUACUAGCGACAGGGAUGAUGGUCAAUAGCUUCUUCGAGUUGGAAACGAAGACGUUUAAGGCAUUUAUGGAAGAACCAGAUGUUCCUCCAAUUUAUCCAAUUGGACCAAUGGUACGCACCGGUUCGAGCAAAGAGGUUGAUGAGUCUGGCUGCUUGAAAUGGUUAGGAGAACAACCGAGCGAAUCGGUGCUUUUCGUGUGUUUCGGCAGUGGGGGCACGCUAACUCAAAAGCAACUCACUGAGUUAGCGUUCGGACUAGAAAUGAGCGAGCAAAGAUUCAUCUGGGUUGUUCGGAAUCCAAACGAAAAAGCUAAACACGGUAGCUAUUUCAUCGACGACGAUGAAGAUGGAGUAGAUUUCCAUUUCCUGCCAGAUGGGUUCGUGGAGAGGACAAAAGGGUCGGGUCUAGUUGUGUCAUCAUGGGCGCCCCAGGUUGAAAUACUGAGUCAUGGCUCAACCGGUGGAUUCUUGACACACUGCGGAUGGAACUCGACACUGGAGAGCAUUGUUAAUGGCGUCCCGUUGAUUGCAUGGCCGUUGUACGCAGAGCAGAGGAUGAAUGCAGUGCUGCUGGCAGAUGAUUUGAAGGUAGCAUUUCGAGUUAGAGAGAACGAAGAAGGUAUAGUGGUGCGUGAGGAUAUUUCAAGAUACGCGAGAGAAAUAAUGGAAGGAGAAGAUGGGAAAAUGGUAAGGAAGAAGAUGAGAGAGUUCAAGGAUUCGGCGUUAAAUGCUUUGAGCCAAGAUGGAUCAUCCACCAAGUCUCUUGCCAAAGUUGUAGAGACCUGGAAGAAGCUGGAACAGUAGUAGUAAUAAUUUAGAAAGUAAUUUUCUGUCAAUUUUACUUUAUUAGAAAAAUAAUGUAUCUUUCUCUUUUAGACAAAUAAGGAGACAUUUCUAGAAAUUGUAAAUUUAAU